AUGUCCGGUCAAUCGUUGCAUGCAGUUUUCCCAGCUCGGAAGGACCCUAUCAACCUGCCCUACGAGAUUUUCCUCCUCAUUGUAGAGGCAAUGAUUUCGGAGGCCUACGAGCGGGCUAGACAUGAAAAGGUAAUCUACACAAUUGAUUUCACGAACGGGCAGCAUCAAAGUGUCUCGCAGUCCAGUUUUUCUGUUGUGUUGUGGGGCCGUAAAAGCUUCAAGAUACAGAUGCAGCGAUGGAAACAAAUCCGCGACCUUCUACGAAUUGACGGAACCAGCAGACGCUUGGUAAAAGGAGCCUUCGUUACCAACGACAUGGUACGCGUCGCGUACUUUUCCCGCACGUAUGAUCCUCGAUCCAUGGACGAAAGGGUCCGUCUGCUGCCAGGGUGUGUGCUUCCGGAUGUUGACAUUUUCGAGAUAGCGCCGGACGGGAAUAGCAUCUUCCAUGCAUCUUUCACACUUCAUCCUCAACCUGAACACGAAAAGCUUUUUCAACUAAUUUGGCCGCAAACUCUUACUCCUGAAACGCUGCUGUGUUUUCCCAACUUGCGAGAAAUUUGGAUCCAUGCCGAACAAAACUUCACAGGGAUCGAUCCGAGAGUCUCUUUCCAUGACUCUCACGAUGACGACAUGCCACUCGACACCCAAAUCCUCCCCGAACUGGGUCUGGAUGCAUCGGGUCACGACCUGAAGACUUUGAAGACGCAGUUGCGCGUUGCAGAAAAACGAGGGAUUGAUGUUUACGUAACAACAAGCACAGCAUGGACACAGAGUUCCCGCGCCAAGACAUUACGAUUAUCCUUGAAGGAUGGAGCUGUUCGUAUGCGGUUCCUUGACCCGCAUUGCGAUUGUUACCUUGAGCUUUCUGAGGAUCUCAGAGCUCUUGGCCUUACUCUACAGCAAGCGAUGCAGCAGCAGGAUUAG